CCCGGCCAGAGCGCCUGGGCUCCCGCUUGCCGGGAAUGUUGUGGGGACACUGGCUUGGUUUGGAAUCCUCCAUUAAACCCACUGUGCCUGCCGCACGGCCUGGCUGUAGCGACGAAUGCCCAAGGCCCAGCCCCGCGCCCAGGGGGCGGAGAGAGGUAGACGCAGCUAUCGUCGGGGAGAAGUGCUGCUUGGAAACCCUGUGCUCGCUCAGCCAGCCAGCAGCCCCGUUCCCCCUGCCGUCUGUUUCCUGAUCUUUUAGGAAGGCGCUGGGGCACUCUGUAUUUAUACUGCAAUCUUUCUGGCCUCCAGUGCCUCAUCUGUAAAACGGGACCUUUGUGUUGCAGCCAUAAUUAGAGAAUGCUGUCUUGUUACACUGUCACUGAAGAGCCAAACCUUAGAUGCAGAAACAGAUGUGCUAUGCGCAGUCCUUUACAGCAAUCACAACAGAAUGGGCCGCCACAAGCCCCACUUAGCCCUCAAACAGGUUGAACAAUGUUUAAAACGUUUGAAAAACAUGGAUUUGGAGGGUUCAAUUCAACAUCUGUCUGAGUUGUUUUCUUCCAAUGAAAACCAGCCUGUAACUACCAAAGCAUGUGUCAUUCCCAGCCAACCGGUGGUUGAGCUGGUGCUCAUGAAGAUUUUGGGAGCCUGCAAGUUGUUACUUCGCUUCUUGGACUGUUGCUGCAAGACAUUUCUCUUGACUGUGAAACACCUUGGCUUACAAGAAUUCAUUAUUUUAAACCUUGUGAUGGUUGGGCUGGUGAGCAGGUUAUGGGUUCUCUAUAAAGGUGUUUUGAAAAGGCUGACUUCUUUAUAUGAGCCAUUGUUCAGAUUGCUUCAAGAGGUCUCUAGGAUUCAACCACUGCCUUACUUCAAAGAUUUUACUUUUCCCUCUGAUAUUGCUGAAUUUUUAGGACAGCCCUAUUUUGAAGUUUUUAAGAAAAAAGUGCCUACAGCUUUUGCAGCUAAAGGAGUAACUAAAUUGUUAAAUAAACUGUUUUUAACAAAAGAGCAAUCACCAAGGUCUAGCAAAGAAACUGUACUCAGAAUUUCCAAAAAAGCUAAACAAAUGAGGAUCAAUACCCAGAAUAAUGUGGAUCUUGGACAGCCCGUACAGAAUAAGAGAAUCUUCAAAGAAAAGUCAUCAGAAUUUGAUGUGAGAGCUUUCUGCAAACAGCUGAAACACAAAGCUAUUCAGGAGACCAAAUUUAAAUGUUCUCAGUCCAAAGUAAAGGCAACCAAACGUUCUUCUCAGAAAGCAACAGGAACUCCCUGUGCCAAAAGUUUUGUGCAAAGAUUUCGAGAGGCUGAGAGUUUCACUCAACUUUCUGAAGAAAUUCAAACAGCAAUUUUGUGGUGCAGGAGCAAAAAACUCAAGGCUCAGGCCUCCUUUCUGGGUAACAAACUUCUUAAAAGUAACCGGCUUAAACAUGUGGAAGCUCAAGGCUAUAGUUUGCCGAAGAAACUAGAAUGCAUAAAAACAUCUAUUUGCAACUGCCUCCUUCGUGGCUCAGGAAUCAAAACUUCAAAGCAUCAUGUGAGCCGAAGAAGAUCUCAGAAUAGAUUUUUACUGGAACAGAGGAAACUACAGAGAAAGUUGCAGUUGACUCUUUCAGAGGCAAUUCAGCCAUCCCCUCAAGGGACUCAGAAUGCUACAGAUAGUAGUAAAUGGAGACUCUCGCACUGUACAGUUCAUAGAACUGAUCUCUACCCUAACAGUAAUCACUUCUUGAGUAGCAGAGUUUCAAAUCCUGUCAUACAAACUAAAGAGAAACAAAUUCAUGAAAACCUUACAGGAAGCAAUGAAAAUGAAACUGAUUCAUGGACAGUGAUGCAAAUGAACAAACAUAAUACAUCAGGAACCAUUAAGGAGACAGAUGACAUUGAUGAUAUUUUUGCUCAAAUGGGAGUUUAGAUGCUCAUUUGUGAGACAUUUAAGUGCUUAACAAACUGGUCCAGUGUCCUGUUGUUUUACAUGGAACUGCUGAAAAAAAAUCUGGAAAGACUUGGAAGUACCACUUGGACUCAGAGAUGAGCUACCUUAGUGUGACAUUGUACGGCAGUUCAUUUCAGUUCAAUAAACAUUUAUAGUAGCUCUGUGUCAUUUAACUGACAAGUAUUUGAAUAUUAAAUAGUCAGAUUUUGAGUUUGACUUUGUACCAGGUGUUAAGAUGAAAAAAAUCUACCAUAUCCUGUCCUUGAAAAGCAGAUAUAAUUCCUUGAUUAAAGCUGUAAAACAGCUGUCCCUGAAAAACAGAAUAAUUUUAUGAUUUACCAGGGAAUUAAGAACUGAGUAAUUAGGUUUAUAAAAACCUACUGUGUCUUAGGGUAUAUGGGGAGUCAGGUGGGGUUGGAAGUAUCAAGGAGUGCUUAAAAGGUCACUUUGGUCUUAACUGGCUCCAUUGUAGAUAAACUCAUCUCCAAAAACCAAGAUUUGUAGCUUCUCCUGGUUGUGCUGUCUUGAUUAUAAAUUAGAAUUGAUCAUCACAAGGAUCUAAAAAGUUUUGCCACUAACUGUAUUCUCAGGGACUGGUCACUACCAUAUUUCACUUCAUUUGUUUACCUUAUCUCACAGGAGGGCAUAUUAAAAUGCUUUUGGAGUUCUCCAAAAGCUUUUGGGUUUUUUUCUGGUUUACUUAUUUGGGUGCUAGUGACUGAUUCCAAAUAAACUUUUUUUCCAGAAAGGAUGUAAGGUGACAUGUGGUUAUACAUGAUACACAAACAGGAUAACAAAGUAGAAGCAGAUAAAGUUAAAUAAAAAAAUAUAGCUUAGUUGAUACAAAACAGACCCAGGAGUGAGGCCACACAUUAAAUCUAUAAUUUAAUGCUGAUGCUGUCAUCUGGUAUUUUUAUAUUGUUUGUACCAUUGCUCAGAGGGUAAAUCUUACAUAUUUUCAAAUAUUCUAGUUUACUAGAAUUAGGUCAGUAAGCUUCUAUUUGUUAAGAAGGUUGUAGCCUUAAGUUUUAUGUUAUAUGUAGAUAUAUAGAAAAAUAAAACAGUGCCCCAGUA